GUUGCACUGCAAGGUGCAAACGCUUUCGAUACGCAAGAAUACAACAUGAAGCUAACAAUAGUGGUGUGUCUAAUCGUGGCUAUUCUGGUCUGCGUUAUGAUCCAGGAAUCCGAACAAUCGCCGUUUUGGCGCCAUCGUUAUAGAGGUCAUAGAGGAUGCCGCCGUAGAUCAACAACAACAACAACUACUACAACAACAACAACUACAACAUCGGCAUCAGGUAGAAGAAAGCGUGAAAUUAUGGCUAUUCCGCUUUUGUCGACAUUGACAUAAUAAGCACGAAGAAAUAAGUUGCAAACUGGUGAAGGGAAGUAAUGCUAAAGUGCAGAAAUUUUAUUAUAUUGUAAUAUAUAUAUUAUCUGAUUAUAUAGGUUUGCCGCAUUAAUGAGGCAAAUUAAUAUAUUCUGGAAUUAUAGUCUGUGGAAGAAAAUAGACUCUGGAAUGAAAAUAUAUUUGAAUAUAUUAUGCUUAA